CAAGGAGGAAGAGGAGGAGGAAGAGGGUCGCCUGCGGGAGGGCGCACCCCGGGGCGGCCUGCCCCCCGCCUCCCCAAAUGUUCCACGCGGUCCCCUCCACCAUGCUGCGUCCUCAGCUGCCCGGCGACGCGCACGAGCUGGGGGGCUACCUGACGUCCGCCUCCGCCGCCGCCGCCGCGCCCCUGCUGCCCAAGGCGGCCCGCGAGAAGCCCGCCCCCCGCGGGGACCCCAAGAUCGAGCAGCAGCAGCAGCUGCGGCGCAAGAUCAACAGCCGCGAGCGCAGGCGCAUGCAGGACCUGAACUUGGCCAUGGACGCGCUGCGCGAGGCCAUCCUGCCCUACUCGGCCGCGCACUGCCAGGCGGCGCCGGGCCGCAAGCUCUCCAAGGUGGCCACGCUGCUGCUGGCGCGCAACUACAUCCUGCUGCUGGGCGGCGCGCUGCGGGAGCUGCGGCGGGCGCUGGGCGAGGGCGCGGGCGCGGGGCUGGGGGGCGCGGGGCCCCGCCUGCUGCUGGCCGGCCUGCCCCUGCUGGCCGCCGCGCCCGGCUCGCUGCUGCUGGGCGCCCCCGAAGCGCUGCGCCCCGGGAAGUACCUGUCGCUGGCUCUCGACGAGCCCCCCUGCGGCCAGCUCGGCCUCCCCGGCGGAGGUGGGGGUCCUGGGGGUGCGGGGGGCCCCGGACUGUGCCCCUGCGCCGUCUGCAGGCUCCCGCACCUGGUCCCCGCCGGCCUGGGCCUGGCCACAGUGCAGGCGCACUUCUCCAAGUGAGCGCCCGCUGGGGGGUCCGGGGAGGGGAGGCCCGGGGCUGCUGGGGGCUCCCGGGCUGUGCCCCUGCGCAGUCUGCAGGCUUCUGCACCUCGUUCCUGCCUGCCUGGGCCUGACCACCGAGCAGGCGCACUUCUCCAAGUGAGCACCGCUGGGGGGAUUCGGGGACCCUAAGUGAUCACGCGUUCCCGCGGAGAAGGACCCCUUCUAAAGGGUGGUAUCGGGGGUGCUGGGGGCCCCAAGCUGUACCCUGUACCGGGGUUCUGGGGGCCCCAAACUGUACCCUCGCGCCAUGGGCAGGUUUCUGCACUUCCUCCCCGCCAGCCUGGGUCUGACCACCGUGCAGGCUCACUUCUCCAAGUGAGCGCCCGCUGAGGGG